UUAUUAAUUUUGUCAAAAAAUAUUGAUUUAUUAUUUCAAUAAUUUCAGCGGCAUGCUAUCUUUAUAAGUUAGAAUAACAAUGUGGAAUACUCGAGAUUAUGUGUUGUAAAAGUUUUCAAUAUAAUAAACAAGUAUUAUUGUGUGCGGUGUAGAGCAACUGUCGUUAUUAUUUUUAUCGAUAAAGAAUGGGCAACACAAGCAAAAAGCUUGCUGCGAAAUGCACACUCCUUACGAAAGACGAACAGAAGUACCUAGCGACCACCUUCAGGUCAGCCAGCAAGAACUCGGACAAAAUACGAGAGGAGGAUCUCAUCGUGAGUGGAAAAGUAGACGCAGUGUUACUAGAAAGAUUCUGGGGUCCCCAAAUAGAUCCCCGCCUGGCGCAGUACCUGUCGAACUUCCUGUUCGGCUCGGGGGCAGAGAAGGCGCCCUCCUGCGACUUCAACCGAUUCGCAGAGUUGUACGUUUAUAAUGUAAGAGGUACAACAGACGAGAGGAUGAUGGUGACAUAUAACAGUCUCGGCAAGGACUACAACGACUCCGUGGAGCUCCCUUACCAGUUACUAAGAGAGUACUGCGAAAGCAUAGCUUCGACAUUCAUCAAAGUACUGAAGUCGUCUUCGUCGAAGCGUGCUCAAGUGUGGAUUACGAAGGGUUUCCGCGGGCGCGCGUCGCAUGUGCAGGCGCUCGGCGAGGCGGUCGCUGCUAGUGUUAACGGUGACGCCGAUGUGGCUAUCAACCAGUGCACUGCCACACAACUGUCUAAAUGGCUCCAGUUCAACACGCUCCUGCUGCAGAUGACGGAGGUGGUGUUCGUGAACCUGUACGGUAUCGAGAGCAAGCCGGACGAGGGCCCGGCGCCCGUCGCCAUGCCGUCGCUGCUGCCGAUGCCUGACGGUCUGGACGCGAUGCCGGACUACCCGGCCUUCAUCGACCUGUCGCACAUCGUGUGGCUCAACUCUCACCUGCCGCAGCAGCACCAGCACAAGUGGCGCUUCCUCUUCUCCUCGCACAUCCACGGCGAGUCCUUCUCCACUAUGGUCGGCCGUAUCCUAGACCAGGGCGCCUCCCUGAUCAUCAUCGAGGACAACUCGGGCUACAUCUUCGGGGGCUACGCGCCCGCCUCGUGGUCCCUGGGCCCCAACUUCACGGGCACCGACGACUCGUUCCUGUUCACAGUUGCCCCCAAGAUGCGUGUCUACCCAGCGACGACCUACAACAAUCAUUAUCAGUAUAUCAAUCACCACGCUAAGACGUUGCCGAAUGGACUGCUAAUGGGCGGUCAGUUCAACUUCGGCGGUAUAUUCGUGAACGCGGACCCGUUCGGCGAGGGCACGUGCGCGGAGUCCUGUACCACGUACAAGGGCUACAAGAGGCUCAGCAAGGAGCCCACAUACAGGAUCCGGAGCCUCGAGGUCUGGGGCGUCGGGGACAAGCCACUUAUACACAAGGAUUCGGACGAGCGUGAUCUGAGCGUCCUGGACACGAACCCCGAAGCCAAAGCCAUCCUGGACAUGGCCGGGCGCACGCGACACAGCGAGGGCAUCCGCGAACCGCCGCCGUUAUAAUGCUAGCACCCUGUAUAUAAAUACUUUAAUUUAUUACAUUACGUACAGGGUGUGAUCGAAAUGCGUGGAUUUUAGGUAAGUUAUUUACGGUUGGUCUGGUUUUGAAUGUUUUUUCUGCUCUGAGAAACAACUAGAAUAACUUAAAAUGUAAAAAUCUUUAUGAUUAUGUUUACCGCUAUGGUAAAAUGAUUUUUGGGAAUGUACUAUGACUUAAUAAAUGAAAUUGUUCAUUCUCAUAUGCAGAAACUGUAUUUAGAAUCACUAUGCAUUUCCUUCACACCCUGUAUGUAGUCUACUUUAACCUAUAUUUACAAAUUAUGUAUUCGUAAACACUACGAACAAAAACAACCUGUAUUUAUUAAGUAAUGAAUACACUCUGUAUAUCUAAUACUAGCUUUUAUUAUACUUUUACUGUAUUUUACAAAUUUAUUGUAUUAUUAUACUAAAUAACAAAAUAUCCUGUAUGUUUCACAGGUACUGUACAAAAUAAACCUUAAGUCUAUGACGGACGGUUGAUAAUCGAA